CCUCACUUCCUCGUCUCACAUAAAUAUCAAAUUCUGACUGAGUAUGAAGACAGCGCAAGAUGGCGUCACAAUACCCCAAGCGCCUCAAGCAGCGCAAAGUGCUUCUCAUGGGCAAGAGCGGAGCCGGCAAGUCGUCGAUGAGAUCCAUCGUCUUCAGCAACUAUGUCGCGACGGAUGUAAGGAGGCUUGGAGCCACCAUCGAUGUCGAGCAUAGCAACAUCAAGUUCAUGGGGAAUCUCACUCUAAAUCUCUGGGACUGCGGCGGCCAAGAUGGGUUUGUUGAGAACUACCUCACUCACCAGCGUGAGCAUGUGUUUGGCAGCGUGGCAAUCAUGAUCUUUGUCUUUGACAUCGAAUCCCCGGAGUUCCAGGCGGAUGUCAUCAACUACUCCAACAUCAUCCACGCGCUCCAGGAGUGGAGCCCCACCGCCAAAGUGUUCUGCCUCAUCCACAAGAUGGAUCUUGUUCAGAAUCAACUGCGUGGCCGUCUCUUCGACGAGCGUUCGCAAGUCAUCCGCGAUCACUCCGAAGUCUUUGGCAAGACCAUCGAGUUCUUCGCGACUAGUAUCUGGGACCAAUCUUUGUACCGCGCGUGGACCCAAAUCAUCUAUCACUUGAUCCCGAACGCGUCAGAGAUCGAGAGGAUGCUCCAGAACCUCGCCGAGCUCAUAGAUGCGAGGGAGCUGGUCCUCUACGAGCGCACCACCUGUCUUGUGGUGGCGAAGGUGACUCGGGGCCUGGAGAAGCAAAACCCAUUCAAAGAUCGAUUCGAGCGCCUUUCGAGCAUCCUGAAGAACCACAAGCAAUCCAUGGCCAAACAUACCGGCGUCCCCGCGGGCAGUGCAAACUUCGCCGAGCUGCAGAUCAAGACUGGUCGCUUCAUGUUCUUCAUUACCCAACUCACUGAGAACACCAACCUUGCCGUGGAUCUUCCCCCGUCCGAGCAGAUGUUCAACUCGGCUCGGAUCAACAUCCAGCUCGUGCGUCACAAGUUCGAGGAGCUCGAUGUGGGAGUGAAGCGGCUGCUUCCCCAACCGCAGUCCCCGCAGGCCUCUAUGCAGAAACACGCCGGGCCGAGCGGAACGGCAGGCCAGACUGACGAUGAUGACGGCGAUGAACCGAGUGAGGGGAGCGGUGAAGGUCUUGGCGAAAGGUCCGCCCAAGAGGCCGAGCAGUCUGACGAUCAAGUCCAGACGGCUGGGGCAUGAAGAUGGAAAUGAGACGCCAGUUUGGUUCGUUCGCGCACGAUUUGAGCAUUUGCAUACCCCGUUCCAGUGAUUGAGCGAGUUCCAUUUCCUUUGGGUUUCCCUUGCACUCCUGGCGGGGUCAGCGUUUGGCGUUCGCAUACCUGGUUAUAGCGAUGAUAUCCCCAAUGACCAGCGCAGCACGGUUUCUUCACUUUUGUAUGAUAGUAGGGAGCGACGAUACGGAUCCCGAAUGCGGACUCCCGAUAGGGGAGAAUAUAGGAUUUAGUAGUCUAUGAUAGGGUCUAUGAAUGAAUGGAACACCA